CGUCGUCUAGUCAAGACAUUACCGACCGAGCCACAUCCAACCAGGAAACUGCCCAACCUGCCAAGCGACCUCUCACGAAACCUUGUGAGAGAAAGCUGAAGCUUAUUCCUCGUGAUCUCGCUGACUGACUACAGCUGUAGCGUGCUGUUCCUAGAAGUUUAUACAUAUAUUAAUUAAGUUAUUAUUUAUACACUAGUGAUUCUAUGACAAUAAAUACUGUUGACGAUACCAAAACCAAUUGCGAACAAUUUAUGUGGUAUAGCACACAACGACCACAUUGGUGACCCCGACGUAAUUGCGUUGGAUUUUGGUAUAUAACCUAAAACAUCACCACGUUGCUUUAAAACUACUUCCUACAAUUUGGCACGUGCCAUCGCUCUCUAAUUCAACAAAAUGACGAUUGAUCGUUCUCCAACGCGGUCCCAACAACGAGAGCAACAACCUACAAAUAUGGAAUCGCAACAACAGCAACAGGAACAAAUUGAAGAACUUCAGAGACGCAUUCAGGAACUACAGCGCGAGCAAGCACACACCUCAGGUUUGGAUCUUGGCAACAAAAAACCCAAGGAGCUUUUGAGAGAAAUGAGGACACUCGCGGCCGGAUGCGUCACCGAUGAGAUGAUGCGAUCUUUAUGGAUGAACCACAUGCCCAUCACGCUACGUAGCAUCCUAUCGGCAACAGAGACCUGGGAGCUAGAGAAAAUGGCUGAAUUGGCUGAUAGGAUUCAUGACAUUUCCUCAUCACCAACCGUAAUGGCCACAACUCACACAAGUCACUCCACAUCGAGCCUGAGUGACAAAUUGCAAAAAUUAAGCGAUAAAUUUGACGCAUUAUUGCAAGGAUUCAGUGACCUCAACAUGAAAUUCAACAAACUCAGCAAUUCACGUCAUCGUUCGCGCUCAAGGUCAUUGGGAAUUCCUCCGGGGAAUCCUUCUUCGAGAAAUACCUCUCAAAUGUGCUUCUACCAUAUGAGAUAUGGAGACAAGGCCAAACGUUGUACCAAACCGUGCUCAUUCAGCUUGACAACCCAAACGGAAAACUGA